AUGGAGACACCGACGAACGAGGACUUUGUUUACGCGAUGCUUCCGCUGAAGAUCCUGUCAUGGCCCGUGGGCACCUGGCCACUUCAGGAAUACAACUUUUCUUCGGGUUUCCGGAGCUUUGCAACCGUCGUCAUUUUGAUGACAAUGAUGAUAAUCGUGAACGUGGAGAUAUACUUGGACAUCACCGACGCGGAGAAGAAUUUAGACGCCCUGGUGCUGAUCGGUUGCGGUGUCCUGGCGGUGUGGAAAGUGGCAUGGUUCCGAAUUUGUUGCGAAGGAUUGGUAAGCAACUUCUCCUCGGCGGUGAAGGACUACACCGAGGUCGACGGCGAAGAGAAACGCGCCAUCGUCAGACAACACGCUUACAUGGGGCGAGUGGCGUGCGCAGGGUUGAUAGGAUUCUCGUACAUGUCCUCCACGCUUUUCACAUCCGUCCCGAUGCUAGCUGGAGAAGAUGAGAACGCGAUAGAAGAGAACGCGACCAAACAGGACUCCGUGGAUUACCCAAUUCCUUCGGAAUUAACCAUGGACCUUCUGCACGUGCCCCACAGUCUCUACCCGGUCAUCUUCGUCGUGGAGUACGCGAUGCUUCUGGUCACGAGCACUGGGAAUCUCGGUAGCGACGGACUGUUCUUCGGCAUCACUUUUCACUUGUGCGGCCAAGCGGAGGUCCUCAAGCUCGACUUUACAAAAUUCGUGGACGAAACGGACAACAGAGUGGAGCGUUUUGGCGCGUUGACCAACAGGCACCGCGAUCUGUUGAAACUCUCCGAAAAGCUGAACGACAUAAUCAGCUCGGUCUUGGUCAUACAAUUGUUCACGAGUUGCUUGCUCAUUUGCACCACAGGGUUCCAAUUCAUCCUCUCGUUGACCGUGCACAACGUGGUGAUGGUGGUGAAAACUUUCAUAGUGAUGAGCACAUGCUUGACCCAGAUGUUCGCCUAUAGUUACGUGGGCGAGUACUUGACGAGUCAAAUGGAAAGCAUCGGGUACUCGGUUUACUCGAGCAGAUGGUACAAAAUACCAAACAACUUGUCGAAGGAUAUGAUUUUCGUCAUGCUGAGAGCUCAGACCCCGACGCAACUGAAGGCUGGUCAAUUCUUCGUCGUCAACAUGGAGACCUACAUGAGUAUCGUUAAAACCUCCAUGUCGUACCUCUCGGUUCUGCGAGUCAUGAUUACCCCUUAGGGCACUUUUAUCGAAAGUAAAAACAAUGUUUUGCG